AUGCUUGCAAGAAGAGCGUCGGCCUUCGCGCGCAGCUUCGCCACUGUCGUCGACAAUGCCGGAGUCAAGGUCGCAGCCAUCGACAACGGUCAACCCACCACUGCUGUCACCUUCCUCGUUAAGGCCGGCAGCCGAUACGAGCCCAAACCUGGUGUCGCGCAUACGCUGAAAAACUUUGCUUUCAAGAGCACUGCCAAAAGGUCGGCAUUGGGCACGGUCAGAGAAAGCGAGUUGUACGGCGGCAUCCUCUCUGCAAGUCUGUCCCGUGAAUAUUUGGCACUCACUUCCGAGUUCUUGCGCGGUGAUGAGUCAUUCUUUGUCGACGUCAUGUCUUCCUUCCUCACGUCUAGCAAGUUCCAGCGACAUGAGUUCCAAGAGUACGUCCUCCCUGUAGUCGAAGCCGAGAGCACCGCUGCCUCGCGAAACCCCGCAACGCACGCACUCGAACUUGCACACUCGCUCGCGUUCCGUUCUGGUCUCGGUUCCUCCCUCUUCGCGUCCCCACACAGUCAUGUCUCCCUCGAUGACGUCAAGGAAUUCGCAGCUCGUGCAUUCAGCAAGGGCAACAUCGCUAUUUUGGGUACCGGCAUCGACUCAGCUGCGCUUACACAGUUAGUCGAGAGAACGCUUGCGGGCGCGUCUGUAGGCAAUGUGGCUGCUGAGAGUAAACCAUCGACAUACUUUGGUGGUGAGACGCGGGUGGAGUCACAUGGGGGUCCUGAGACUGUGUUUAUUGGCUUUGGUGCUGCUGGCCCUGUGGACCCUGCACUUGCUAUCCUUUCUGCGCACCUCUCGCCUCAGCCAUCCGUCAAGUGGUCGCAGGGUCUUUCACCUAUUUCUGCUGCUAUUCCGCAGGGGACGUCAGUGCAGCCUAUUAUUAUGCCAUAUUCGGACGCAACACUUUUCGGUCUGCUUGUCCAGGGCUCGACCGCCGAGGGGGUGAAAGAGGCUGCCAAGGUUGCCACCAAGGCAUUGAAGGAGUCGGCGGGCCUCAAGGGUGAUGCACUUAAAACGGCUGUGGCUAAAGCCAAGUUUGCUGCUGCCAGCUCUCUAGAUGGUCGUGAUGGGAUUUUAGGCGCUCUCAGUACCAAGGUUUUUGUCAACUCGGACGCUUCAAUUGAAGCUACGCUAGCGUCAAUAGACAAGGUUGAUGCUACUGCAUUCUCGAAGUCUGUCGCUGCGAUCACGAAAGCCAAACCUACGUUUGUAGCUAUUGGGAGUGUGCAGGCAUUACCGUUCGCAGAUGAAGUGGGCCUUUGA